GAUGUUUGUUUUUUAUGUGGGAGAUAACAAUUAGCGAUGUAGUUCUUGGGAUUAGUCGGGCUAAAUGUGGAUAACGUAGCUUGAAGCUAACCCCUCACCGGGGCUAACUAGCUCCACAUAUCAUCUGGCGUCUGUAAAAUGAGCUUUAAUGUCGGGUAACCUUGACUACGGCGUCGUUAGGUGGGUUUGGAGUAGUGUGGAUAACAUGUGGUUAAACGGGUUUCUCUCGAUUGUACCCACAGUUUGUUGUAUUAAAUGAUUUAUAGGAGAUUAACAUCCCUCAGUUUGAGUUAACAUGAGGCGGCCUUAGCUUUGCUAACCAACUUUAGCUGCAAUGAGAUGAAAUCAUGAUCUGGGUUGAUGACUCAACUCCAGCCGAGCAGCAGCAAGAGGAGGCCUAGAAGCUUCCUAAAGGACAACUGGGAUGAUGAGGAUGAAGAAGGUGAUGCGAAAAAGGCACAGAUGAAAAAGGAUGCAAAGGUUUCUGACAAGAAAAAGCUGAGUGAGAAGAUCAAAGAGAAAGAAAACCGGUUAAAGAAAAAACUACAGGAGCAGCUGAAGAAAGAGGAAGAGGAUGAAGAACUCACUCAUGAAGAACAACAAGCAGAGAAGCUAAGAGUGCAGAAAUUACAGGAAGAUGCAGACUUGGAGCUAGCAAACGAUGCUUUUGGUGUCAGCAGCACUUCAAACAGUGUCACUGGGAUUGACGCUAUGUGUCCAUCUUCCAAAGACGACUUCACAGAGUUUGAAAAAUUGUUGAAAGAAAAGAUAUCCCAGUUUGAAAAAUCUGAUCAUUAUUCAAGUUUCUUGGAUUCAUUGUUUCGGGAACUCUGUAUUUCAUUGGAAGUAGAGGACUUGAAGAAAGUCACUAAUUCCCUGACAGCCCUACUUAGUGAAAAACAGAAACAAGAAAAACAAAACAAAGGAAAGAAGAAGAAGAAAGGGGUCGUACCUGGAGGCGGAUUGAAAGCACAGCUGAGAGAUGACCUUGACUAUGCAGAGUUUGAUGGUGGCUACGCCCAAGACUAUGAGGACUUCAUGUGACACUGGCUCCAUCACCACUGCCCUUUCCCCCUCCCAGCCCUCAGAAAUGCAGCUGUACCUUCUCAUGCUGUCCAGUGCCAUCCUGGAAAAUCUGAACUGUGUUUUGCCCCCUUCAUUUUGCUUCAAUGACCAGAGGGACUAUACCAGGGAGCAUCCAGUCUCACCAACUCUUUAUGUUCAUACAUAUGGAAUUGCCUUUUCUCUGUCUCAUUCAGCCUCGACUCACACAUCAUGCAUUCUGUUGGGUGACCCAGCUUCAAUGGAGAAUACAUUGUAACUGCUGUUGUCUGAGUUUUGCAGGGCUCAUUUUUUAUUAAACGUUGCUCCUGUUAAAAUGGCAGAUACAGUAUUGCAGUUAUAAGUAACAGUGACAUAGAAACACAAGGUUCUAUGCAAAUUCUUUAACCAGAAUGUCAUGUAUAUAUUAUUGGUCUUGCUUACCUGUGAAUGGUUCUCUUACAGGAAAGUAUAUAGUAUCUAUAACUUUGGUUGCCAAAUUCAGAACAAUUAUUCAUUACAUUAUUCAUCUUUAUCUCUGGAAAGGUUUCAUUGUGGGUGAUUUUGAGACUGACGCAACAUGUAAGUAGUAGUUGUAAUUUUACAGAGAGCACAUGACAUUCACUGUAAGGUAAAAGGGAUAGACAAGUGUAAUACAUGUGACUUUAAAACCUCACAGCCAUUCUCUUGAUACAUCUCUGGAAUAUCCUUGAAAAUAUGGAGCAAAGAGUACUUAUAGGUAUUUUUUGUGCAUGACAAAAAAAAUGUAAUUUACUAAUUUGAUUUCUACUAAUGCAGAAAGAGUAUGGAUCAGGCAAGUGGAUUAACUUGCUCUGACUGGUCUCCUAAUCAUUGCUUCUGCAGGCUUGUAUCAAGUGUGAUGAGGAGCGGGGGCUUAUGGGCUUCACCCCACCAUGUCUUCAUAUGGGCUACAGUUAGUUGAAAGGGGCGUAUUUCUCCUUUUUCUUUUCAAGCAAUCGACCAGUUUCAAUAUUACAUGGACAAUUGGUUACUCACAAUGUGGAAGAUACAGCAUCUGCAGUGUUUUAUAAGCAUCUAAUUUAAUAAAUCACUGGUCAAAAGGA